CGUGGACGUGAUGGCCGCGCACCUCAGACACGCGAACAGCUGACUGAGCCCCUCCGAGCUCGGCACCCCGUGGAGGAGGAGGAGGCGGAGCAGGGGGAUGGCGGCACUGCGGACAUCGCAGCGCGGAGGGGACUCGAACCCGGCCACGGUGAAGGAGCUCAGCUCGGCGAUCGUUGCCAUGGCGAUGCAGGACCACAUCGCCCGCGACCUGGGCCUGACGCAGGCCCUGACUAGGCCCAGGAUGCCCCGGGGCCCGAGGCUUCGACAACGAGGGCAGGGUGGUCCUGAGGGGGGUCCCAGUCGGGAGUCUGGUGGGGGUCCCGGGGGGGGCCCGAGCGGGCGCCCCGAUGAGGAGCGGGAGUACGUGCUGGGCCCCAGAGCGCCUCCGCUCACUCUGGCGCAGCGCCUGUGCCUGGUGCCGGCGCCGCAGGGCGCUGCGCUCUCCCAGGAGGAAUGGCGCUCCGUGAAGUCACGCUCCGCCCAGCGCGACCUCUUCUCCCUGCCCUGCGUGAUCUGCCGUGACGAGCUGGGGGCCCACACGCAGGUGCUGCUGUCCUGCUCCCACGUCUUCCACCAGGGAUGUGUGGAGGCGCUGGAGCGAGUGGCGCGCUGCCGACGCUGCCCCGUGUGCCGCGUGUCUCCCUAUGAGGCUCGCGUCGUGCACGAAGCCUCCCACCUCUACCGCCACAAGUGUGCCACGCGGCUGCAGGCGUGGUGGAGGGGCGUCUCUGCCCGGGCGCGGUUCCGCCGCCUCCGCGAGUCCGUGCCGCCCCGCGACCCCGCGCUGCGCCGCCGCUUCUACGAGAACAAGCUGCUGGUGCUGGGCGAGCGUCUGGUUCGUGCGUGCGACUCCGGCGUGGACGCCUUCCUGCGGGAGAUGGAGGUGGAACGCGAGCGGCGAGCACAGCAGAGCGAGGGGGCGAGCGCCAGCUGGGACUGGGAGCGCAUCGAGGCCACGGCACUGGCGCGGGACCCACGCCUCUGCCCCAUCUGCCUCACCUCGCUGUGGACGCCGGCGCAGGAGGCUCCGGCUAGUGCCCGGCCUCUCCGGCAGCAUGGCGGUGUCGGGGCCACCAAGGGGAGGGGCCGGGGGAGCGCAGCUCCCCAAAGAGGGGGGGCGGCGGUCACGGAGAGACGGGAACAGAAGCCGGGGACGCGGAGAGGGGCGGCGAGGGCCGCUGCGGCCCCGAUCCCGGCGUGCCCCCCGGCGUGCCCCCCGGCGCGCCCCCCGGCGCUGACCCCAGCGGGAACGCCCCCGGUGCUCCUGUCGUGUGCCCACGUGUACCACGACGCGUGCCUCGAGGCGCUGGAGGGGUUCUCUGUGGGAGUCCUGCGCCUCUGCCCUUUGUGCCGCGCUCCCUACAGCAAGAGGCUCCUGCGGGACCCCCGUGAAGGGAGGCAGGGGGGGUUGCUACCACGGGACCCCCCCCCCCUCGAUGAUGCAGUGACCACACUCAUCCCGCAUCAAAUCAUGCAAUCAGUGGCAGAGUGAGCGGCUCGCAGGUAGCAGCCGCUAAGGCUGUGAGUUUAAAUCUGUUCGGGGGCAUAGGGGGGGGGGCGUUUGACUCGGUCCAACUGCACCCAGGAGGUCACGCUCGUCCACCCAGGGGGGUCAUCCUCGUCCACCCAGGGGGAGAGAGCCUCAAGUCGUCCCGCCUGGCGAUCCACAUCCACCCAUGCUCAUCUUCAUGCUCAUCUUCCAGAUAAUCAUCAUCUCCAUCAUCAGCAUCACAAUCUUGAUUUAUCCUGGAAGAUUUCCGAUGCGUUUGAAGAUCUUUUUUUCACAGAUGUCCAAUAGGGGUUCGCGGGUCAGCGAGAAAAAGUAAUUAAGUCGCUAAAAAUAAAUUUAAUAUGUUCGUUCGUUUCUCAAUCCGCUUGUCAUGGUGAGGGUCGUGGUGGCAGCGUGUUGAGUAGUGGCGGUCCACACCUCCCUCUCCCUGGCGACAGACUCCAGCUGUUCCGUGGGGAAUUCCCAGGCCAGCAGAGCGACAUAGUCCCGCCAGCGUGUCCUGGGCCCAUUCUCAACACCAAAUGCAAGCUUGGGACAAGGCAGCACACCAACAACAGUCCCUCAAUUUCAUUGCACGUUAAACUUGAACUAACGGUGCACGGGUGAGAUUCAACAUUACAAAUCACAUUUGCAAGCGUGGCUGUAUCGGUAUCAUUAAUCCAUCACCGUAGAGUUGACAUCAUUCGGCUCAAUCCAACAACAUCGGCAUCGCUUUAGCGUCAUCAUCAUCUCAACCGGAUCAUAAUUAUAAUCAGGAGCAAGUCAUCGGGGUAUGAUGGCAGUACAGCAAGUGGGUACAUUUCCAUCUACACACAGAUGACCCCCACUUCACACUUGGGAGGUUUCUCUGGGCGCUCCGGUUCCCUCCCAGCUGCAUAAACCCUCGUCCACGGAGCUGGCCAAACAUGCCAGCACAGGGCCCCAGAGCUUGGGCAAUUGUUGGUAGCGUCAGUCCGGAUCCGCCUUCCUCCUCACUUGUCGUGUCCCACGCCUCCGAACCAUUCUCUCUCUCAAAGUGAACCAAUACUGUGCACGCUAGUUUCUAAAUUACUAUCAAGAUCGACUCAGCCUCAUCAUCGUCGUCGUUAUCAUCACCGUCUCUCCAGGGUGGGUAAAGUGAGCACCACCACGAGAGGCUGAAUCGCUCGGUGAAGAGAAGUCAACGUUGGCUGGUGUCGCGUUCAUUAGACCUUGACUCGGCCUCGCCAAAGUAAUGUGGAUCUUGUUCCACUGGCUCAGGACCGCUCAGUAUAUGUAAGUCUGUGGGCCUCGAUGUAAGUUUAUGAGUGUCUUAUGUAAGUCUAUGGGUCUCGAUGUGAGUCUAAGUCUUAUGGCCAACACCAGUGACAAUUAUUUGAAUCGGUCCUGGGCCUCCCCUAGGUCGACUCAGCCUAAAAUGAGUACUUGGUGCGGUGUGUAAACAUCGCCACUGGGGAGACAAAGGCGGUCAGGCGUGGUGCUGGCCACCCAAGCCCUCAUGUACCGUGCCGGCCUUCAUCGUUACUCGCUAACAGUAUUUGACCAUACAGUCUGCUAAGGCUAUCCAGGGAUCUUUGUAUUGUGUGUCUAUGCAAGUCUGCGGGUGUUUGUUAAUAGACUAUUUCCAGGUGAAAUGCGGCAACGCCUCGACAUCCGCCAGGGUGCAAUUCCUGAAAAUCUGCGCGAAAGUAGAAUUGGCGAACGUUGGUGCGAUGUUUAUGUCUGGGGAGAGGGGUGGGGGGUUGAGGCCCGCGUCCGACUGAACAUACGGGAGAAAAUGAAAAUGUUUGGUAGCAUUAAUCCUGCCUUGUACACAUAAAUAUAACAUCCAUACACUUAUUUAAAGUGUGCAUAAUACUAAUUAGUAAUAUGACAAAACACAUCAAUAAAGUACAGUGUG